CGGAGCUCGGCGGGCAGCAACUUUCUCCCCGGAGCGGCCGCGGCGGCGGCUGCGGCCGUGGCAGCCGGAGCGGGAGCCCGGAGGACGAAGGCGGCGGCCGUUGCUCCUGCCCUCUCGGGCUGUCCAGCUCUCCGAGACCGCCGGCCCGCGGAGCCUCGUCCCCCCGGGAAGUCCCGGGCCCCUGCCCUAUGUCCCGCAAGGCGAGCGAGAAUGUGGAGUACACGCUGCGGAGCCUGAGCAGCCUCAUGGGCGAGCGGCGCAGGAAGCAGCAGGAGCCGGACGCGGCGAGCGCGGCCGGGGAGCGCAGCCUCCUGGCGGCCGCCGAGUCGAGCGCCAGCCUGCAGGGCGCGGGCGCGGGCGGCGGCGGCGGCGUCGGGGACCUGGAGCGCGCGGCGCGGCGGCAGUUCCAGCAGGACGAGACCCCCGCCUUCGUGUACGUGGUGGCCGUCUUCUCGGCGCUGGGCGGCUUCCUCUUCGGCUAUGACACCGGCGUGGUGUCGGGGGCCAUGCUGCUGCUCAAGCGGCAGCUCAGCCUGGACGCGCUGUGGCAGGAGCUGCUCGUGUCCAGCACGGUGGGGGCGGCCGCCGUCUCGGCGCUGGCCGGCGGGGCCCUCAACGGCGUCUUCGGCCGCCGCGCCGCCAUCCUGCUGGCCAGUGCCCUCUUCACGGCCGGUUCCGCGGUGCUGGCCGCGGCGAACAACAAGGAGACGCUGCUCGCCGGCCGCUUGGUCGUGGGGCUCGGCAUCGGCAUUGCCUCCAUGACGGUGCCAGUGUACAUCGCUGAAGUCUCACCGCCCAAUUUAAGAGGUCGAUUAGUCACCAUUAACACUCUCUUCAUCACUGGAGGCCAGUUCUUUGCAAGUGUUGUGGAUGGAGCCUUCAGUUAUCUCCAAAAGGAUGGAUGGAGGUACAUGUUGGGGCUUGCAGCAAUUCCAGCAGCUAUACAGUUUUUUGGCUUUCUCUUUUUACCUGAAAGCCCUCGAUGGCUGAUUCAGAAAGGACAGACUCAGAAGGCCCGUAGAAUCUUAUCUCAGAUGCGUGGCAACCAGACCAUUGAUGAGGAAUAUGACAGCAUCAAAAACAACAUUGAAGAAGAAGAAAAAGAGGUUGGCUCAGCUGGACCUGUGAUCUGCAGAAUGCUGAGUUAUCCCCCAACUCGCCGAGCUUUAAUUGUGGGUUGUGGUCUGCAAAUGUUCCAACAGCUCUCAGGCAUUAACACCAUCAUGUACUACAGUGCAACCAUUCUGCAGAUGUCUGGUGUUGAAGAUGAUAGACUUGCGAUAUGGCUGGCUUCAGUUACAGCCUUCACAAAUUUCAUUUUCACGCUCGUGGGAGUCUGGCUUGUUGAGAAAGUGGGCCGCAGGAAGCUUACCUUUGGGAGCUUAGCAGGUACCACUGUGGCACUCAUUAUUCUUGCCUUGGGAUUUCUGCUAUCAGCCCAGGUUUCCCCACACAUCACGUUUAAACCAGUAGCUCCAUCAGGACAGAACACUACUUGCACAAGAUACAGUUACUGUAAUGAGUGUAUGUUGGAUCCAGACUGUGGUUUUUGCUACAAGAUGAACAGAUCAACUGUCAUUGACUCUUCCUGUGUUCCAGUUAAUAAAGCAUCGACAAAUGAGGCAGCAUGGGGCAGGUGUGAGAAUGAAACCAAAUUCAAAACGGAAGAAGUAUUUUGGGCUUACAAUUUCUGCCCUACGCCAUACUCCUGGACUGCACUUCUGGGCCUUAUUUUAUAUCUUGUUUUCUUCGCACCUGGAAUGGGACCAAUGCCUUGGACGGUGAAUUCCGAAAUAUAUCCCCUUUGGGCAAGAAGUACAGGAAAUGCAUGUUCAUCUGGAAUAAAUUGGAUGUUCAACGUUUUGGUUUCACUGACAUUUUUACACACAGCAGAGUACCUCACAUAUUAUGGAGCCUUCUUCCUCUAUGCUGGAUUCGCUGCUGUGGGACUCCUUUUCAUCUAUGGCUGUCUUCCUGAGACCAAAGGGAAAAAAUUAGAGGAAAUUGAAUCACUCUUUGACAACAGGUUAUGUACAUGUGGCGCUUCAGAUUCUGAUGAAGGGAGAUAUAUUGAAUAUAUUCGGGUGAAGGGAAGUAACUAUCAUCUUUCUGACAACGAUGCUUCUGAUGUGGAAUAAUUUUCAGCUGCUGAAAUAUUUAGGUAUUUAAACAAACUUGGGGAACAAAAGCAGCAAUUGGUGACCUCACUGCCCUGCUUUUAAUCUGGUUCUUUCCAGUCUAGUUUUGAAUGACCUCAUAUUCUAGAAUAUUUGAUUAGGAGGAAGAUACAACCAUGAUGACAUUUUUUUUUUCACAAGCAGAAAUGUGAAACAAUAUUUAGAGAUUUUAAAUUAAUAAUUAUUGAACAAAUGUAUGUAAAUCCUUCCUGAGAUAGUCUAAAAUGAAUAUUGUAUCCAGUGACUUCAGUGGUAUCCUUUUUUCCUAAGACCAUAUAUAAUUAUUAGUGGCAAUAGAGUCAGUGCUAAACUAGCUGAAUCGUAUAUGUAUGAUACACUUAUGAAGAAGGAUUCUGGGAUAUGAUCCAAGGAUGUUUUCUGUCAAAACAUGGCCUGUUGGCCCUAAAUUUCCCUAAGGACAAGUAGCUUAUCUGUGAUCAACUAUUAGAAAGUAAAUUCCAUUUAAGCUUUCAGCAGAUUCAAUAGUGCCUCCACAGAGGCAUGGUUGUCCUUAUCUCCUUUGGAUUCCACAUUUUGGUCUCUCUCUCCAAGUCAGAUCUUGAGAGCUCUUGAGAAACUGACUCUGCACAGGACCUUUGGAACAUUAUGAAAAGCAGGUCUUUAAGGGUUUAUUUUCAUACGUAUUUUUUUGCAUCAGUGAUAAGUAUACAUUUGCACAGAUAAGCUGGCAAGUUUUGAUAAGUAUAUUUUAUUGCUAGAAAGUAAGAAAGAAAAAAUUUUUAUGGAUCCCUGAUCGAGUUAGUCACUUAAGUAUGCACCUAUAAACGCAAAACAGUGCCGUGUCUUCAAGUGUAUUUCAGGGUUUCUGUUCAUGCCAAAAUCACCUGAUACUCACCACGCCUUCACUCAUCGACUCUAGAGCCCUACUAUUUGUGCCUUCAUUUUUGUUCUAAAUAGCUGCUAGCAGACUAUUUUCCCCUUUUAAUCAAAUAAUUUCAGAAACAAAAAAGGAAGAAAAUCAGUGACAGAGAAUGCUGCUGUUAUAUUGAUGUUUAAGUAAAUAGUGGGACUUACGUUUUCCUUAACUUUUUAUUAAUUCUUCAUAAGGGAAUCAUGACAUUUCGUUACUUAAUAGUACUUGUCUUUUUUUACUUUAAGAGCACAAAUUUGUUUUUAUUUUGCACACCCUUUUCUCAUUUUC